AUGGCGGAGAUAUUGACGGAGCAAGUUGAGGCCCUUAAAGAGGCAAGACGCAAAUCAAAGCACACAACUACGGCAGAUGGCAAGCAGGAAGAUGGCUCCCAGGAGAAAACACAAUUGCCCAAGGGGAUGAUCCUGGGUAUGGAUGGAAAGCCCUGCCGCACCUGCAUCUCCAUCUCCGACUGGCGCGCCCUCAUGAAGGGCAAAUCCCCCGCUACCCCUUCCCCUUCCUCUUCCUCCCCCUCCACGACAACAACGACAACGACAACGACAACUACAACCGCCCAGGACCAAACCACAGCAGCCCUACCCCCGGACUGCCCUCCCGAUGUCGAAACCCUUGGCCGCAGCACGUGGACCCUCCUCCACAGCAUGACCGCCACCUACCCCGCAACCGCCACCCCACAGCAACAGAACGACAUGCGCAGCUUCCUCACGCUAUUCGGCAAACUCUACCCUUGCUGGGUAUGCGCGGACGAUUUCCGCGCCUGGAUGAACGAGCCCAGCGGCGCGAAUAAGCCGCGCCUGAAGACGCGCGCGGAGUUUGGCACCUGGAUGUGCGAGGCGCAUAAUGAGGUUAAUAGGAAACUGGGGAAGGAGGUGUUUGAUUGUGCGAAGUGGGAGGAGAGGUGGAGGACUGGGUGGAAGGACGGGAGGUGUGAUUGA